CGGCGGGUGACGUCAGCACGCAGCGGCCGGUGGCUUUCCACGGAGCCAAAGUGCUUGACAGGGACAUGGCAGCGAGCGGGAGGCUUCUGCUGAGUUGGUUGCGAUACUCGGGCUGCUACAAGAAUCGAGGCCGGGUUUUGUCUGGAGGAGCCCGUCUGCUGUUCACGGCUGCCCCGUUGCGGAGUUCAGAAGAUAAAAUCAAGGUCAAUUUUGUUAACCGUGAUGGAGAGAAACUUAAAGCAGAGGGCAAUUUAGGUGAUUCUCUAUUAGACGUUGUCAUCGAAAAUAAUUUGGACAUCGAUGGUUUUGGUGCUUGUGAGGGUACCUUGGCUUGCUCUACAUGUCAUCUAAUUUUUGAGGACCACAUUUAUAAGAAAUUGGAUAGCAGUACAGAUGAAGAAAUGGAUAUGUUGGACCUAGCAUUUGGCCUCACUGACAACUCUCGUUUGGGUUGCCAGAUCUGCCUUACAAAGUGGAUGGAUGGAAUGACUGUAGAAGUUCCAACUGGUAUUUCUGAUGCAAGACAAACCAAGGACUUUAGCUCAGGCUCCUAAAGUGAUCAGUCUAACAUGGCUCAAUUCUCUUCAAUCAAGAUACAGAACAAUUGCUCUGAAUAAAAUAUUUAGUAGAACUGAGUUACAUAAUAUUGAAUAUUAUAUAAAGAUAGUCUAUUUUAAUUUGUAGAGAAUAAUCACUUUUAGGUUAUAUCAGUUCAAAUACUCACAUUGAUAAGUUUAAAUGACUAACUACUGAAUGGGGCAUGUAUAGUUUGAGAACAUAAAAGCUUUGUGGGUGAUGAACUAAUUGAAUGUCAUAAUAUUAACAGAUUAAUUCUUUAUGUCUUUGAAAGUUAUACUUGGAAGUUUCACUUGAUGUGUUUAUGGUAAACUUUUAUUGGCAUCUUUACUAUGGCAUUAAUACAGGCAAUAUUAGAAACCAAAACACCAUAAAUGUUUUAGCUGCAAAGGCAAGUCAUUUUUCUUAGAGUGUUAGAAGUUGGAUGGGGAAGAGAGGUGCAAAGGAAGAGAAGUAUUCUAAGAGAAAUCCUAAGAACUUUCUACAGGGGCACAAUUGAGAGCAUCACUGCCUGGUAUGUGAACUGUACCUCUCUUAAUCAGAGGACUCUGCGGAGAGUAGUGUGGACAGCCCAGCACAUCUGUCGUUGUGAACUUCCCAUGAUUCAGGACAUUUACAAGGACAGGUGUGUAAAAAGAGCCCGUAGAAUCUCUGGGGACCCAAGUCAUCCCAACCACAAUCUAUUCCAGCAGCUACCAUCUGGGAAGCGGUACUGCAGCACAAAAGCCAGGAUAGCUUCUUCCACCAGCCUUUCAGACCGUUGAACUCACGCUGAUUUGAGUGUACUCAAUCUUACAUUGACUGUUCUGUUUAUUAUAAAUUACUAUGAUUGCACAUGGCAUAUUUAGAUUUUUACUCCUCAUGUAUGUGAAGGAUGUGAGAAGUAAAGUCAAUUCAAUUAACCAUAAAAAUAAAAACAGACAGCACUGUAGGAAUUCAAAUUCCAUUUGCCGAGAGAAACAGUUAAUGAUUCAGGUCGAUCAAUGCCCUUUCAUCAGAACUGGGAACAUUUAGAAACUGAAUGUCAUUUGUGUUGUAGAAAACAGAUAGUGAUGUAAAGAACCAAGCAAAUGACUGUGAUAACAUAAGAAACACUAGUAUUCUGAUGGGCUCUCUAACCUCCUCCACCAUUUUGUAAGAUUGCAGUGUAUCCAGUCUUGGCCUUCGCUCCACUUUCCUGCUCUCUUUGAGUCCUUUGUAACUUAAAAUAUCUACCAAUCCACUGGUAAUUUUUUUUCAGACUGAAGAUUCACAAACCUUGAAGAUAAAUAAUUCCUACCGCUCCUCCUCUCUUAAAUGGAAACAAUGCAUCCUAUUUCUGGAAGAUCCCUAUAUGGAGCCUUUUCUGGGUAUGCAAACACCCUCUCCCACCACAGCAUGGGGGUGAUGUGUAUUACACUUUUUGCAGCCCCUAAACACCAGUUUAAAGGCAGCACAUGCUUAAUGGAGAAAAAAAAAGUGCCAGAACAUUACAUUAAAUCAGGAGCUCCAAACCUUUUUUAUGGCAUGGACCCCUACCAUUAACCAAAGUGUCUGUGGACCCCAAAUUGGGAACCCCUGCAUUAAACAGCAGGGUGUUUUACAAAGUAACUUGGAUGCAGAAAAUGCUCUGGUAAGAGUAUGGGAACUUCUGGAGUACGUGCAGUUACUGCUGGUUUCAGCCAUUCUGCAGAGCCUAUGGAACAUUAUGGGGAAUAAGUAUUCUGGGUAAGUUCUGGAAGUUCACACAUGAGCUAGUGUGCUAUUGCCAUUACAAAUGUUAAAAUUUCUCACCAAGGCCAUUCUAUCAAUUAGUUUCUGGAUGUGUACACAUUGUUGCUGCACUGGAAUGAAAACAGAAAAUGCUGAAAACACUCAGUAGGUCAGGCAGCAUCUGUGGAAAGAGAAACUGAAUGUUCCAGGUCAAAAAGUCCACCAGAACUAGAGAUAGGUUAAAAAAAAACACUAGAAUUUUCUGGUCUUAUUUUAGAGUUCUAACAAUUUUUUUUAUCUUUAUAUCUUCCCAUUUGCUGUUAUAGUACCUGCACAGAAUUCUCUGGAAGGUAAAAUCUUUGUUUGUUUUAAUGUAUUAAGAAACUCUCCAUUAUUUAAGCCUGAUUGUCAGGAAUUGAGGCGAGAGUUUGGCUGAUUUUGCUCGCUGUCCUGAAAAUGUUCAUUCUUUCUGCGUGGUGCUGAGGCUGUGAACGAAUCCAGCUGCUGAGUGUUUAUGCCCCACUGGUGUGAUGUACUGGGGCUGAGGCUUGUGCCUACUGUGUUUGCUCCAGGAGCAGAUCUAGAGACUCUGUCUAGUUCGGACUGCUGUUGGCUUUUCCUCUCCUCCUCUGGGCAGUGGAUUUUGGUCCUCUUUUUGAAAAUUAUAUUAAGUUUAUCCCAUAGAAGGAAACAUUUUCUUCACAUCCACCCUGUCAAGACCAAUCAUUAUAUAUAUAUAUAUUUUUAUUUGAUAAUGUGCUUUGAAUCUUUGAAUCUAUUUGCUAAAAUGAUCAUAUCUCAGUAUACAUUCAGAGAUAAGAUUUAUUUUCCUAUGAUGCAAUGUACUUGGUAUUUUAUUCUGUUAUCUAGAAUGUUAAAGCAAUGCAAAGUUAUUUGAAGUACAGGAGUGGAACCCAAUAUGGCCUUUUUACUGCUGUAGCCCAUCCACUUCAAGAUUGGAUGUGUCGUGUGUUCAGAGGUGGUCUUCUGCACACCACUGUUGUAAUGCAUAGUUAUUUGAGUUACUGUUGCCUUCUUGUCAGCGUGAACCAUUCUGGCCCUCUCUGUAACAAGGAGAACAGCUGCUCACUGGGUCUUAGUUGUUUUUGGAAACUCCAGAGACUCCUGUGUGUGGGCUAGAUUAUCCCACUCACUUACAUCUCCUGAAAUCCAUUGGUGGUACAGUACUACAUGGCCAGUAUGGUGUCAUCGUGAGGUAUGGGCUGGGUAUGAUCAUACUGAAUAACCCUGGUUUCACUCCACAGACAAUACCUGACUUACUAUUUUUAACAUUUUUAGGAUUUAAUGUAGUUUUGCAAUAUUUGCAUAUUCUUGUUUCAGAGGAUUAUGAGGUGAAUAAAGUCCCGUAUUGUACACUA